UUUUUUUUUUAAUGUUAAAUUAAUAUAUUUUUGUAUCUUUACAAACAAAAUAUAGAAUUAUCAAAAGAACGGAUACAUUAAAUUCCUGUGGCUUCUUAAUAAGCUUUUGUUUUGUAUAGGAAGAAACAUUCAUCAAAUAUGAUGGCUACAAAACUGUUCCAAACUCAAUAGAGAAAAACAUAAAACUUUAUCCUAUGAUAGAAAAAUUAUAACAAAAAUCCAUGGAAAAUGGUAACUCAAGAGGAUGUUGUUUAUGUGCGUCAAAUAGUGCAAGGCAUUUUGGUGCCUUGCGUCUUUGUGAUAGGACUUUUGGGAAACUCAGUCAGCAUAGUCGUUUUAACGAGCAAACGAAUGCGAAGCUCAACAAAUGUUUAUUUGACUGCUUUAGCCAUAACCGAUAUCAUUUAUUUGACAAUGGUUAUGUUGUUAUCUCUGCAGCAUUAUGAGACUGUUCAUUUACAUUAUGAAAUUUAUUGGAAAUUUUAUGGCCUUGUUAUUUGGUUAACAGAUGGAUGUGCAUAUCUUUCAAUAUACAUUGCAGUAUGUUUUACAACAGAACGUUUUAUUGUGAUUCGUUAUCCUUUAAAGGGAAAGACAGUAUGCACAAUAUCUUUAGCAAAGAAAGUCAUUGCAGGUGUUGCAGUUUUUUGUCUUCUAUCAACUAUUUCAACAGCAUUUGAACAUAAGGCCGGGAGUGUACAAAAACUCAUGGAUAAUAAUGGAAAAUGGUGUGAUGAAGAAAAAUUAUCUAAAUUAUCAUUGACGAUUGUAAAUAGCACACAAAUUCAAGAAAACAUUCCAAACAAUGAAGCUCAAUUCGAAAAAGAAUUCGACUCAAUUCAUAUGUUGGCUGAAUCAUGGCAAAAUGACAGUAGCAGAAUGGAUGUAAAAAACAUCGAAAAUUACGAAUGCCAUAAUGUAACAUAUUAUCAAAACGGUCCAUCAAGUCUUGGUCAAAAUCAAACCUACAUCAAUUACUUUUUCAUCCUAACAUCGACAAUUUUUGUUUUCAUCCCAUUGGGCAUUUUGGCAACUUUUAACUUUUUUCUAAUUGUCCUGGUGCGUAGAUCUAAGCAUCGUCGUGGAGAAAUGACAAAUGCAAGUUGUCGUCGAUCAACACGCAAAAGUUCGAAUAAUGUAUCUCAAGAAAAUCGUAUAACAGUAACCCUGAUUGCAGUUGUGAUACUCUUUAUUAUUUGUCAAUUACCAUGGGCAAUCUAUCUGAUAGUACCUGAAAUAAUCAAAAUCGAUGAGAAUCUAAGAUCAAUUAUUGGAAAUAUUUUCAACUUUUUAGCUGCCAUUAAUGCCGCAUGUAAUUUCUUUCUAUAUUGCGUUUUGUCGGAUAAAUAUCGAAAGACUGUGAAAGAAUUGAUUGUAGGUUAUAAAUAUAAAAGAAGAAAUAUGAGUAUAAGUACGACUUAUGUGCCAAGUACUAGGAGGUAUCGGCCAGCCUCACAAAUGAAAAAAACUAAUCCUUGAGAUUUUUGGAAUAAAUAUCUUCAAAUGGAGGUAUAUUUUUUUAUGUUUGUAGGUGUGCUAGGGCCAGUUAUGUUCUAUUUGUUGUGCCAUGUGAUCUUGACGGUGUCAUGAAACAAAACGCAAAGAUUAUGCAAUUGAGUCCAGUAUCUAAUUAUUUUGUAGUUUAAUUUGAAGCUUUUAAUAUUGCAAUUAAAGCUUAAGGCACUAUAAAUGAUUUAUAGUUCAUUAAUUCGCUCACCGAAAAAAAAUAGUUAGAGUAUGCCUAUAAACAUGAGCUUUUUUUUUUGUUUUAAAUGUGAAAAAACACUUGUAGAGUUAGAAUGCUUUCAAACACAUCAGCUUAUUUUGGUAAUUUUGUUUAAUUAGUAGAUAUAGCAUUCCAUGGCUUGACACAACGUGUAUUUUGCUGCAUCUGCAUAAAUAUCAAAAUAAAAUUUAAAAAAAAUUGUAGUUUUUUACGAAAUUUAUAGCAUCUUCUAGUAGACUGAUAAACUUUGGCCCGCCUUGUACAUACUUUUUUAUAUAUAAUUGUAAUAAUUGACUUUCGUUUAAAACAAAAACAAAUGUUUUUUUUUUUCAUAUUUAAUCCAGAAUCAUAUAAAAAUAUACAGUAAAAUGACAAAUAUCAGACUGUACAUUCAUUAUCCUAUUAAAUUUCUUUUAAUGCUCUUUCACUUUAGGUAAAUAUUUUUUCAUGACACCGAUCUUUACUUAGUGUUGUUAGAUUUGGAUUCUUUUUAUUUUAUAGAUUUUAUCAAAGCUAUAAAAACGCAUUAGGUACUAUAAAUAUUAUAUUUAAUGUUAUUUAUCAUGUAGGAAAUUUCAAAUAAGAUAUAUACAACACGAUU